UAACACGAAUAAGUUUCCUCAGAAAAUGGCAUUGUUCAUUGUUUUGUUGUUUACCAUCAUUGGAACCGUUUUAGCUGCUCCACCACUGACAUCUGUAUCGAGAGCGUCAAGUCCGACUAUCAGAGCAUUAGCAAAUACAAUUUUUGGUGCUUCUCGUAGUACAUUAUUGCACGUAGCUGUGAUCCUAGAUCACGAAGAUCACAUAGUUUCACUUAUUCAGAAAGGCGUCGAUGUGAACAAAAAAGACAUUCAUGGAAUGGCAUCACUCCAUAUGGCAGCUGCGUUCGGUUCCGAAACUGCCGUCAAGUUGCUAAUUGCUAAUGGCGCCAAUGUAAAUGAAUAUGCAGAUUACUUCGAUGAAUACGAAACUGCACCACUCAUUUUCGCUUAUAAAUAUGGCCGAGACGUAAAUGUCAAAUUACUGUUGGAAAAUGGAGCAGACAAAAAAUUGCUAGACCAUUAUCAGUUUGACGAGUUGCAUCCUAUCAUGGCAUGUGGAGAAUACGCAGAUCAGUCGGAUGAAGAUGGCCCUUCUAUCGAUCAGAUGAAGGAAUCAUUCAAACCUUAUACAGCGGACUACGAUAAAGUUGUGCGAGCUCUCGGAAUUGCAUAAAGUGAGGAAAACAUUCUCCGUCCUCGAUUUGACAAUUUCUGUGACGUAAAACUGUAACUGUAUCAUUGUACAUUGUCUCCUAUUUAGACACGAUUACCACAACGACGAAUUAUUUUAUCGAAAAAGUAGGAUGUAAGAAUGGAGCGAUUCGCUAAACGAAUUCUUUUAAUUAUGCGCAGAGAAAACUAUCUCUUUGGAAA